AAGCUUCGUGGUUCUAGUGUUGGAUCAAUACCGUCUAGAGCGGAGCUAUUGAGAACAGCAGAAUCUACUUCUAUCUUUAACUUCCAAACUUAAUAACUAAAAACGAUGACUACUGAUACUAUUGAAGAGGAAGCAACACAAGGUGAACCUAUUAUGGACAGUUCAUCACAAAAAUCCGUCGACAUAAUAUUUCCAGAAAUAGCUGCUUUAAAAAGACAAAUGUUGGACUUUGAGAGAGGAGCAAUGUCAGCACCUAAUUCGAGGUCAACUUCCUUCAAAAAUCGGCCGAGACCCAAAGGACUUAGGUUCAAGCUCGCGGAACCAAGAAGGAACAGUCUGCCAGUUGGAAACGAUGAUAUGCUGGCCCAGUGCAUGUCAUACUCAGACAUCAAUGAUUCUGAUGAAACAAUUGAGAGAGUACGGUCAUUUAAAAUGACAUCUAAAGGAAUUGAAAACAGAGGCGACUCUUUCCGUAGAAAGAGCAAUAGCAGUAUCGCAUCUGCUGGAUCUGCUAAAAUGACAGAUCGUGACCAAAGCUGUGACCAAAAGCGACAGAGAAUCCCAAGUGACACGUCUGAUGGAAGCACAACGGGGUGCAGCUGUGCAUCCUCGUCCAGCACUGGAUACUACCGGGUACUGGUCAUAGGGGAUACUGGGGUCGGAAAGAGCGCCCUCGCCAAUCAGUUUAUGACAUCCGAAUACAUGGUCAACCUUGAUAUAACAUCAGAUGAAUUGGAGGGCAGUGGUACCGUGUCUGUUUUAUUGGAAGGGGAGGAGUCCACACUAGAAUUUAUUGACUCUGAUGACGUUGACCAGGGAGACCAGGGUAACCUGAACUUCGAUGCUUACCUUGCUGUGUUUUCCGUGGAUAGCAGAGCGUCGUUCGACACAGCAGUAGAAAUGCUUAAUCAGCUACGGGAUACCCAGGGAAUGGAUCGGGCAAUGAUCCUAGUGGCCAAUAAAAUUGACCUUGUCCGGAGGCGAAUGGUCAGCUCCGAAGAAGCAAAACGGAUGGCUGAACACUUCCACAGUAAAUAUGCCGAGACAUCCGUCACCCUCAAUCACAAUGUCGAUGAAUUACUGGUUGGGGUCUUACGCCAGAUCCGCCUUAAACUUGACCCAGAAGUAGUUGAUAAGUCGGAGGCAUCCAUUGCAGAUGGUCAAGGACGCAGAAAAAGCAAAGGUGCGCGUGGACUUUUGAGUCGAUUAUUCCGUAAAUCUUCAAAACAAAGCAGUUCUUGUGAAGAUUUGUAUGACUUAUGAAAUAUCUAAAAGACAAGACAUUGUUUGGAAAGUGUACGACAGUAACGGAUGCAGUAGGUGUUAAUCAUAGGUGUUAAUCAGCAUUAUAGACUUCAUAAACAUAAUGCGUGGACUUGCCAGUCUUCAGAUAUCAAUCAAACUUCGUCCAUUUCAGAUUUUAACUGACAAUGAUAUCACACGGUGCGGGUGUUGACAAUUAUAUUAUCCAUAUGUGCCAAAUCCUUUACUAUUAAGUUACUUACAUAGUAUUGUAUAUAUAUUCGUAUUGUUCAAUCAAUUGUCUAUUUGCACCUAUCCUAUUUCAGUGCUGUAUAUAACAUACUCCUCACUUACUCGAUUCUUCUUUAUCUUUCUCUUUUUUUUUUUUAUACGAAAUCGAUUUAAUGGUCAUUAAUUUAAUAAAGUUUUCUACCAAUAGGAAUAUAAAUCACAACAGUUUAUUUAUCUUAUCAGAUCAUUUUCAUUUUUGGUUGGAAAGCUCUUAACGUAAUCAAAUAAAAGAUCAAUUAUAAUUCUACCCAACUGCUUUUGUAGACUCCCAGAGGUGAUUUUAUCAUAUUUUUGUCACCUCAGAGGCGUAAUGAUGUUACAUUCCAUUCCAUUUUCUCCUUGUGUGUUGUAUAGUUUGUCCAUCUUUGAAAAGGAUUUUACCUUUCCCUUUCAUAAAUAGUUCAGUUUUCGUUCGUUCGAAACGUUUAAAUGACAUUUUGAAAAUAUAAAACAAUAAAACUGUUUACGUUCAUAAAUGGAAGGGAAAACAAUGAUUUGCUAAGACGUUCGAAGUAUCAUGUAAUAUACAGAUCAGAUCAUGAAUCAGUUGAUGGUGCCCUAUGUCUCAUACUAUCUAUCGAAACAUUGUAUUCUUCUCAUCAUUGUAAUCUCAAUUGGUUUUCAUCUCAAUGUUCCCUGAUAUUUUAUUCUCUAUUUAAGUGUAUUUUAUUUUAUUUGAUACUACACAUAUAUGUAUCAGUGGAAGGACAUUCUCAUUCCAGAAAAGUAUGUAUAUAAAGGUGUAUGGAAUAUGUACAUCGCAACGAGUUAGUUAAGAUCCAAAUAAAUUGUGAUAUUUGUAUAAAUA